AUGAAAGUCCUCUCCGAUACAGGCGAUCAAGCAGAUAGUCGAGAUACAUUUCGAAUCAUUAUUGAAGUUGACGAUGACAUUCAAACAGAAAAAACUCAAAAAACCGCAUCCACCUUCGCCUCAUCCUCCUCAGAUAAUCAAUUCAUUCUUCCGGAAGGAGAUGGUGAACCGCAGAAACAAAUCCAAGAGUCCAUAUCCUCGAUCCUACAACUAUUCAGCAACUGCAAAUUCACUACAGGCGACAUCUUUCUCAAAGGAAAACUUAGGGAGAUUAAUAUUCUAGAUGGAUACUUUUAUUUCGACACCUUACAAUCUCUUAAACACACCAAACAGCUCAUAGCUCAUGCUGAGAAAGUGAUUCAAUUCAUCGAUAGUAUAAAAGUUCAAAUCACCGAUGUUUCAGAAGUUCUUCAUCUAAUGGCCAUUUCGAAGGAAUUAAUCAAGGACUCGAAGAAGAAAAAGGAAAUUAUUGACGAGUUGAUUAAAAAUUAUGAUUAUAAUUUAAAAUCCAUAAGGAAUAUUCUUGAGGGCAUCAAGACGCAUAAGGAAAGUAUUUCUAAAGCGAAGGAUUUACUUCCCGUUAAUGUUACAGAAAUUAAAAGGAUCCAAACAGAAUUUGAAAAGUGGGAUCGAGAAGCGAAAGUAUAUUUUUCAUAUGUAAAGGGAUUUUUCGUUUGCUUCAGCAUACUUGUAUUUUUCGAAAUGAUGGAUCUCCUGGGAAGCUUUUACUUAAACACUCAUCAUGCUAUCAUGAUAAUUGUAUAUGGGAUUUUGUUACUCGUAGGAGUUAUUAUUUACCUGUAUGCCAGUAAUUAUCGGUCUAAAGCGGAUGACUAUUUAUGGGAAUACUGGAAGAAACAUAAAGAUUACCUUGAAGAGUUGACAAUUGUGAAUAGUUAUGGUCAAGAGAAUAUGAGCGAAAAGUGGACUAGGAACAUGAAAAGUUAUGAGGAUUAUAAUAGACUUGUUGGUGAUAUUUUGGAUCGGAAAGAGGGAGAGAAUCGGAAGAUGUAUUUUUGA